GAGCUUCAGGCGGACGUGUCCUGCUGAGAACAAACACAAAUACAACGCCGUGAGAGUUGGGCUUAUAAAGAAAACGUUUUUUUUUUAUUAUUGGAUCAGGCUAGAGCAAAUUUUAUAUUUUUGUGUCACGCUUAAAACUGGAAAAGGAUAUUUAAUAUAAGCGCGCGCAACGUUCAGGUAAAACGAGUACGUGGUACUCAAGUUAGGACCGAUGUGGCGACUGCUAGACGUUAUUGUCCUGGCUGUCAUGGUUACGCCGUGAGGGGUAAGACGAACGUAUUUAGAGUGUAACAUUGUGAUUUUAUUGUAGUUUAAACAAUGGGCUCCAGGCUUAGCCGUCAAAACAGUCUCGACAACGAGACUUUUUCUCGGAGGCGACGUAAGCAUCUAGACAGCACAGGAGAGAGCGAGCGAAGCGCGAGCCGCGGCAGCGGAGACUUCUUGUUUACAUCGCUGAUGCUCAAGUCGGAGAAGCUGCCGGGGAUGCUGAGGAGAGCCAACCACAGCCCUUAUGUCAGACGAGUCGCCUUGAUCCGAGAGUUGCAGAAGCUUCUUCGGGAGAUGAAGAUAGAAGAGGCGACGGACGUGCUCAAACUGUUGAGGAAGGACUUGGGAUUAGAGGGCACAUCACUCAAUGAUAUCCUCUAUAAGAACGCAUCCUUUCUAAAUCUGGUGGACCCCAUUUCUCAUGAGCUCCUGCUGAGCUUGGCCAGAGACAUGCAGUGCCCAAAGAAGGACUCAGACAUGCUGAAGUCAUCUGAUAAGAUCUGCAGGCAGCUCAUCUACCAUCUGACCCCCCAUUCCAAGUGGCUUAGAAAAAGCAUGACCCGGAGAAAGGCCCAGGCCUGUCUUAAAACGACCCUUCAGAAGAAACUCUGCAGUGAAUCGGUGGAUCUCUCUGGCAUCCCUUUGUCAACCCGCGACAUACAACAUGUGGCGUAUUACCUCCAGACCAGUGGGGGUGCUGUGAUAUCUGUAGAUCUCAGUUUCACUGAGCUCCGGGACGAGGGCCUUUGUCUACUUCUGCCCUUCCUUGGUGCAUUGCCCAAACUCACAACACUGGCCCUCAAUGGGAACUGUCUGACUCUUGGCAUCCUUAAAGAUCUGAUUGAAGCCUUCAAAGACUCCAAGAAGUUCACUUGUCUUGCCUGGGUUGACCUGGGCAACAACGUGGACAUAUUUACCAUGCCACAGCCCCUUUUGGUGGCCCUAAGGCGGCGUUGUAGCCUGAAGAGCAGUCUGCCUACCAUAUACGAGUACACAGAAGGUCAGCCCUAUUUCUACCGCAUGGAGAGCUCCAUUGAAGAACCCAGCCACCAUGAAGAAGAGGAGGAUGAAGAAGACGAGGAGGAGGACCUGGAGCCAUGGAGUAUUGGAGAACAGAAAAGUUCAGGUAGUUUUACCUUGCACCAUUGCGAGAGGUGAAUCGCAUAUGUUGUUACCCAAUGAUGGGAUGAAGAUAAGAAAGAACGAGAGAUCUCUUGUCUCUCUGCACCAUUUUCCCCAGUCAACACCUUUCACCUUCUCCCUCCUCCACUGCAGACCCAUGAUUUUCCUAUUGUGGUUAUAUGUGAACCAACACCAUCACAUUCCCAACAGCAGUUGUAACCAAUGGGACGACUAACCAUCUGAACACAGCAAAUGGUGAAACAUGCUGAUUCAGAACAUUUCAAAAGCUUCACCAUCGACUUACUGUGUUGGCAGAUGAUGCUCCUUGACACGAGCUGGCGGUUCAUUGGAGGGGGCCACAGAGAGGUUCAUAGAAGAUGCUUUCUUAUGCCUCUAUUGUCUCACGAAGCACCAAUGAUGGACAGAAAAAAUGGUAAUGAAAAUAUUCCAGUGUUUAAAGAGUCAGUUGACUGGCUGAUACAUACCAACGGUGGAUUUAAAGCUCAGAGAACCCAGCUUGUAACUAAGGUAUGGUUAGCAAUUUUUGUGGGGUCUGGUUAGGUUUGGUCGUAUUUGUCAGUGUUGCAUUUCUGAGGCCAUCUUUGCUGCAGCAGACUGGACCUAUUGCCACUCUGUGUGUGCUCUACUAAUCUCUCAACAAAAGCCAUGAAACCAGCUCAACAGACUAUACAGCUGAACCACCGUCAUGUGACACAGUCAAAACUGCUAGUUCAAGACUUUUGCACCCCCUCCUUUCCAAAAGGUUCACUUGUGAAUACCCACACAUCACUUUUCACCUAGUUGUGAAUGAUAAUACAAAAAGGUAAUGCUGUUGAAUUGCCAGGGGAUGUUUUUUGUUGUUGUCUACUAAUGGUGAAAGAAGCUACAGUAUCUUAGAAGACAACAGGUACAUUUAAACAAAAAUAAGAGUUUGCAGAAUGAUUAACCUCAUACUUUUAUGUCAUAGUAUACCUCUUUAAAAUACAUCUUACAAAUGUCUUGCUCUGUCAACAAAGACUGUGCACUGUUGUUUUCAUUAUUCCUCUCUUUAGGAUAAGUUGAUCAAGCAUUCACUUUCAGAGGACUCUAUUAUGUUGAUAGUUCAAUAUAUUGAGAGAUGCCUUUUAAUUUGGUUAAAUUUCCAUAAAUGUAUAUUUUAAAAUCUCAGUGCUCAAGCUAGUCUUGAUAAUCCAUGUCUGGUAAACUAAACUAAAACUCAUGAAACUUUGUUAAAUAUUAUUAACAUCAUUCAAAAAGUAAACUGGCCUGUAAGCUCCUGACUAUUCCUAAUUGUGGCUAAUCUAAAUGGGUUUUCAGUGGCAAAUUCUUAUUUUACCUUUGCCCCCAAUCAUUCCCCCAGUCUUGAAUAUUUGUUUACAUCCUUGCCUUUAACACAUAUAAUACUAUUUACACAUAACUGAAUUGUAAUAUUAACUUAAAAGUGAUUUUGCCAGACAGGUCAAAAAUGACAACAAUGUUGAUAUGUUUUAGAGUCAUUUAAUGUUUGCUCCAUGGCCUUCGAUUACCUGAGCACUUUAGUCAGUAUUUUGAUCAGGUUUGCAACUACAAAACUUAUUGUAGCAUUACCAUCUUGUGCAAAACUGACAUUUUUCCAUCAUUUUGAAACUAAAAGGAGCUAAUCAAAUCGUUACUGUACUGCCAGCACUUAAGCUGUUUAGAGUUAAAGCUCAGAUGAUUGAAUAGUUAAAUGUAAACAUUAUUUAUGUGGGCUUUCUUUUUGAAUGUGUCAAAUCUUUGUGUAUUUGUGUAAUGUUAUCUUAAUGUUGUCUCAGUGUUGUUGUUGUGGGCUACUGUAGGCUGUUAUAUUCAGUGUAUUCUAAUAUCCCACAACAUGUACUGCCAAAUUAGUAUCUCAACAGGGCCUAAAUAAAUUAUAUUCAGAUUAUAUGUGAAAAAACCCUCUUGUUAAUACUUAUGUUGUGAAACUAAAACAUUGCAUUCUAAAUAUUAAAGCAGUUUGGACUAUUUUUCAUUUAAAAUUUCAAUCGAGUGGCUUAUCGUAAAAAUAUAAAUAUUUGCAUUUGUUGUUAUGGCCCUGUGAUCAUUUCAGUUACUAGCCUUGCGAUCUGCAUAUACAGAUGUUUAACCUGCAUAAUGAUGUUCUUGUUAUUCAUAUAAUCCAAUACAAGGUCUCAAUACCCAGAAUGCUAACAUUAUACACAGAGGCAAACACUUGCACUCAGCGGCAGCUUACUUUGUCAUGUUGUUUAUGUGUAGGUUAUCAGAGUUAUCUCUGUCUGUGUCAUAUACUGUGUCUUUUGAACCUGUGCUUCAAGCAUCAUGUAUUAAACAGUACUUUAUAAGACUGUUCAACGAUUCUGUAAUAAAAUUGUAUUAAGAAUCCCUAGGGUGUGGUAAAAUAAUAGUUGUGUGUUUAUUUCCUAGAGAUGGGAGAUCAGCAUGAAAGGGUUUAAUGGUUGAAAGUGCCAGUAGGAGGUGGUCAUGUGCCCAUCUGUUGAGUUAAGUUCACAGAGGAGACGCAGAGGACUUUUUUAUAUAAUGGGGGUGCAUGGUGCUUGAACCUCUAAUAGCUUGAGGAACAUUACACACAUACACACACAAUUCUUUAAGGUUUAAGGAAUAGUUUUUCUUCAUUGAAUUGUAACUUUUGCGUGAGCUACCCCUUUAAAACAGACCCACUUGCUCACUGUGGCUGAAUUCAUGAGGACAAACAUUCAUGAGGACAUCUAUCCGGAUGCAUAAAACACGACGCAGAUGUCCAACUCCAAUCAAAUAUAAAGUAGAGCUUGUAUGGAUCUUGUCUGUGUGUUUAUGUGAUUGUGGGUAUAAGAGUGUAUAUUAAACAUUGAUGUUUAAUCACUUGUACACUUGAUUUUGUUACAUUGAUCUUAAACAAGAAGCGAAUACUCUUCUGGUCUGUUUCAUUUGCUUGUGUAAACAGUGAUUAUGUAACAGCUUUGGAGACAGUCCGGAUUGAGGUGUUGAGAAUUAUGCGUGUCAUAGUCUGUGUUGAUGUGACAAGCAUACAGACCCAUGGAACUGCAGAAGACUUUCUGUCAAGGUCCAUGUAUGCCACCCCAUGGCUAAACAAACCAUAAUAAAAAGAAAAGGGAGAAAGGGUUGGAGGACGUUCCGGGUUAUGAUCCCAACCAAACCCCUCUCUCAUUCUUG